AUUUACAAAACAAACAAUAAGUUUAUAAACAAAUGAUUGUAUAGUAAGUGAAGUGAAUUGAAGUGACGGUACAUAUGUUUAGACAUUUGCAGAGAAAGGUUGUGUUGGCCAUCGGUGUUGCCGUCGGGUCGGGAGCCGCCACUCUUGUCACACUCAAUGCCAAGUCGGCCAACUCGGACGAUACGUUAAAGGUUGACCAGAAAAACGGAGAUAAAGUUUCUGAUGAAUUGGUGGCCAACAACUUGAAGCCAAUUAACGGCAACGAUAAUGGACAGGACGUGAGUCGCGGUCAGGACAUUAUCAACUCGUGUGUUAACCGAUUGAGUCAAUGGCGACAAAUUAAUGGCAUUCCUGGUAUUGUUGUCGGUGUUAGUCUUCGGGGACAAAAUGUUUGGGUUUAUUCAGAAGGUUUUGCCGAUAUUGAGAAUGGCGUCAAAUGUAAUGACAGGACAGUUAUGAGAAUUGCAUCCAUAAGCAAAUCAAUGACAUCUGCACUGUUGGCUAAGCUGUUACAGGAGGGCAAGUUAGACUUGGAUCAACCAAUUUCGCAAUACCUGACCAAAGAUCAAUUUCCCGAUAAGUUCUGGGACGGCAAGAAAGUGGACAUAACUUUAAGACAAUUAGCCUCACAUUUAGGCGGAAUUAGACACUACAAGAAGGGUAAUAAUAAUAAUAAUAAAAACACCACCGAUGACUACAAAUUGGCGGAGUUUUCUGUACCCGAAUAUUACUUGAAAGAGACAUUCCCGUCGGUAACUGAAUCACUGAAGUUGUUUAAAGACGAUCCACUAGUGGCCAAACCGGGAGAAAAGUAUAAUUACACGACAUUUGGUUAUACAUUGAUUAGUGCAGUCAUUGAAAGUCAAUUGAAUGGCGAAAAGUUUGAGAAAUAUUUGGUUAAAUUUUUGCGUAAUGAACUCGGCUUAGAGCACACAUAUUUGGACCAAAACGACCCGAUUAUCUACAAUCGGUCACAUUUUUAUGUGAAAAAUGAAAACUCUGGUCGUAUGCAAAACGCUCCGUAUGUCGACAAUAGCUACAAGUGGGCCGGCGGUGGACUUCUGUCCAAUGUCUACGACCUGUUAAAGUUUGGCAAUAUUAUGCUCUAUAGCUAUAAAGGAGGCACUGCUGAUGGAAAGCCGGGUUUCAUCCGAAAAGAUAUUGUCGACCAAAUGUGGACACCUGCAGAGAAUACUACUGCUCAUCGACAGUAUGGAGGAUAUGGUAUAGGUUGGGGUGCAGUUAGAAAUAUUGAAUCAGAGUUUGCCUAUUGUUCAGAACCACCCUUUCCUAACAUGAUCUCCCACUCUGGUCACGCUAUGGGUGCCAUUUCUAUACUAUUGAUUGAGCCUAAGAGUGAAUGUGUUGUCACCAUUUUAACCAAUUAUAAUGAGCUCAAAGAACUCGGUCCGAUGGCUACAUAUAUUGCAAAACAAUUUACACAACAAAACAUAUCGACCGAACAGUUUGAACAACUGUUGUUGUCAUCCCAGUCAACAAAUCAAACAAUCAAUUAGUUUAUACAUUGAAAUUGAUUUUCAAUCAAUGUAUAUAAAUUAGAUUAUUGAUCUUAUAUUUACACAAUAUUUUUAGUAACUAAUUAUAUU